AUGUGUGUUCUGGGGUUCCUGGCGGGUGAUCCGCUUCGUGUAGGGGCUCACGCUCUCAAAAUCUGUACGCGAUCUAUUGCAUCACGCGAGCGAAGACGGAACGCACCAAGGAAACAGUUUCCUGCGGAUCGUACCGGGCAGCGCUGGCACCGCAGCACCACGUGGUUAUCGAAGCGUGGAGAACCUUUGACCUGCUCGUGGCAAAGUCAAAUGCUCGACUCGAUGGCACGCUCUCGUCGAAAGCGACACCGAAACACCACCAAGCCUGGAGUGAAACGGUCCUGGUGCGGUUCGAUCGGUGACCGCACUCUCCGUGGCGGUGGCGGCCGAGGAGGCAACUCCUACGUCGACGGUGUGGCUGGUGGCUUUCCUGACUUGCCCAAUCGGGGAAGUUUUCUGCUGUGGCUGACGCUAUGCUGGCACACCGUACAGGUGUGGCUGCGUGCUCCGACUGCUCUCGCGCUUAGCGUCCCAACUGCAGCUACAGAAGAAGAAGCCGCCGAAAUCUACGCGGAACAUCCGAACGAUCAGACGAAAGGCCCACUUCGCCAGGUUGUGCUCCGUGGACCCGUUGAUCGUCUGCUGCUACCACGUGACCGCCUAGAGCAGGCGGUGAAUCGAAUCCUUCAGGCUAAUCAGAAUGCUGACGCGUCCAUUGACUACACCGCCAUUCGCCGUUCAAUCGACAGUUUGAACGCUUUUUAUGGCGAGCAUGGAUACCCGCUUGCGCUUGUACGAAGAGCACCCGAUACGCCUAUCAAGGAUGGUAUCCUGGUCCUCGAGGCGUACGAGCCGCUCGUCGCUAGAGUCCUCGUGGAAUACGUGGAUGCCAACCAGGAGCCGUGCUCAGGUCGGACGCAUGCCAGCGUCAUUGCCCGGGCCCUGGGCUAUGACGGACUCGGUGUUGAGAAGGAAAUGCCAGACCACCAGAGACAUUCGCGCAAGUCGCGUUCGGCGCAAAAGGCAUGUCCACGCAAAGUCCCGUUCCGCUGGACAGAACAACACUUUCAGCGGCUGCAGCAGUUGGGCCUGUUCGAGUCCGUGACAGCGGAUGUACGUGUCAUUGACGCCGUGACGCCACACGACUCGCCAGCAGCAGAAGGCCAAGUCGCACAAGCAGAACGCUGUGCGGAAAUAGGUGACGUUGAACUGACCUUGCGCGUGCGAGAACGACCUUUCCAUCGUUUCGAACCCGGCAUAACGCUUUCCCGCGGUAAGCUCUAUGGAGACCUAACCUUGGAGGAUGCAAAUGUCGCUGGCCGAGGGAUUCGCUUUCAAGCAGAUAUCCGAUCCAAGCCUGAUCGAUCCGAUGACGCAGCCCAUAUCGUCUUACAGAAUCCACGUCUAGGUUCCAAGGCCGGCGGCUACCAGGUGCGUCUCUUCGAAUCACGAAGUACGGCGGUAGGAAGUCGUCGCGGGGUAGAGGUUACGUUGAUGGCGCCCCAGCUGUGGUCGGCACCCACAGAUGAGGCUCGGCGCUCGUCGCGAACCUGGCUGCGACCAGCUGCCUGGCGAAGCGUCAUGGAGCGGACCCUGCAGCUAUGGAAUAUCCAGACAGGGGUACUCUGCGAGCAAGUUCGAAUGUUUCCAUCGGGAAUGAAUCCGGGUCAGACAGCGUCCUCAUCGCUUCCUGCUUCCGCAGACGGUGCGUCAGCGAGACGGAAUCGCGAUGAAUCGACGACUGAAGCGUCCACCGCACGAGAGCGCUCUUUCACGCACCUGGUUCUGAACAGCAGCGCUAUCCGUGAUACCCGAUCGGAUCCGCUCCAUCCGCAAGCUGGCUACCGUCUUGCACUGCAUGCGGCCUACGCGGUUCCAGUGACAACGAGUAAUCCAGAAUAUUCGCGUUUUGGCUUCACCGGCAGUGUGUACAAGAAAAUACCACCUAUUCGCGGUCUCCUGCGGCGUCGUCGUCGGAAACAAACCGAGCAACCCGAAACAUCACACCAGAAUCAAGAACAAGACGAAGAGCAGCCUGCCCGCGCCUGCGUUGCUUUGUUGGCUGAAGCACGUGUUUCGAGUGCAUCGUUGCCCGAGUCCGAGCGUUAUCCCUUCGGAGGAUUAGCCACCGUUCGCGGGAUGCGUGAGGGAUCACUCGGACAGGUAGGCUCGUUUGCGAGAACCUGCGCAGAGUUUCGAUACCCGCUCGACAAGCGCCUCGUGUUUGUGGCGUUCACGGACUGGGGAUCCGAGAUUCAGCCACCUUCGCAUCUCGUGCGUUUUCCAAAGUUGUUCCGUCGAGGCGCUCACGGACACCGCCUCGGCACCGUUGUGGAUUCGGCCUCAGCUGAGAGCACCAGCUCGGGCGUUGAUGCCCCAGCUAGCGCCGGCUCCAUUCAGCGGUCUAGCACAGCGUCCGGCGUUAUCAGUGUCGGACUAGGGUUGCGUGUGCUCGGCGCUUUGCGCAUGGAAUGUGGCUGGAUACUGGAUCGUGCUCCCGGGGGAAGUGGUGGCGGGUUUCCGAACUGGCGCCUCAGUCGCGACGGUUACUGGCACAUCGGCCUCGUGGAUGUCUCCUACUAG